AUGUUAAGCGGGUGACUGUCGGACACAGAAAGCAUAGAUUUAGCAAGAUCAUGAGAUCAUGGGUAAGAACAUCUUGCGAUUUAUCAUUCUCGCGGUGACUUGCGGUAAUCAAUUAGAUUGGCUGCAUCCAGAUGGUCAGAGCAAGCGUAUUGGCUUUUAUCCUGCAGACCGAAUUUGAUUACUCGAUUGAAAUAUAACAUAAAACUCCUGCCAGGCCGCCUUAAUACGAAAUAAGUUAGAAUUUGAUAAACAAUGAGAAUUCCUUGUGAGGUACGAAUGGCUGGACGUAAUCAAUGCAAGUACUUCUUCAAUAGCAGAGAGAAAUAGCGACAAGCGUGGGCAAGAUUUCUGUCAGGGUGCUGUUCUGUGCAGGUGAAUGCAAUUGAUGAUUGUUAUCGUAAAUCUUGCAAUAAGAAAUAUUUUAUUACAAGCAGAAAGUAGCGUUAAAUGAUUAUUUAUUCUCUACUUAUUGUCCAUUUUGAUUUGUUUUGAUGAGUGAAAUGCCGGAAUCUGAUUUUAGUAUUGAGUUUAGUUCAAAGAAAACUAGACACGUUUGAAAAAUUCUGAGCUUAGUUCGAAGGCAACUUCAAGAUAUAGAUGCAGUGCUACAAGAUUAAUCGAAUCAAAAAGUUUCACGUUUUAAUUUUAUCUUGCUGUUUAACUAAACUGUUUUCUUUAAGUCUAUUAUUUUUAGUUGGUACCACUUUUAGAUGUCAGGACACAGGAGAAUGUUUUUCUGUUUAUACAGACAUCUUGCAUGCUAUAGACGUCUUCAUUCUCAAGUUAAUACGAAGAUUUAUAUCCUUUGGUUUGUGAAGAUCUACUUGACUUAACUGUAACUUUGAGAACUACUAUAGUCUGUGUGUGAUAUUGUUCUAAGGUGUGUCAGAAAUCAAUGCAAGUCAGUUCUUAAACAGACUACUAGAGAACCGAGCGGCUCUUCGUCGGUGUAGAGUGUUAGUAGUAUCUCCUUUUCUAUGAGCUGUUUAUUCACGACUAGCAUGACGUCAUCGUUAAAAGUCCAAACCAAGCAUCGAACUUUCAAGGUAAACAAAACAGAGAGCCCCAAGGCUGAAUAUACAUUACAAUGUGGUAUUCGUACGUUUGAUCUGGCACUAUAUUUUAUUUGGGGUUGGACAGACGAUCGUUUUAUCAUUGUCUGAUUUAUGAUUGUAUAAAUGCCGUGAGACAGGUAAUAAGAGAAAGAGUACAGAUAAAAUGUAGGUAUGUAAGAUAAAAUUUUGAAAAAAAUGAUAACGCUACAAGAAACUUUUAAGAAACAGGUUUUCUAGAUUUGUACAGACUUUUCUUUGAAAGAAGCAAAUUUUUUCAAUCAACUGAGACGCAGCUUAAAUUUUGGCCUUAUUUGUUUACAAAACGAUAUCCAAACAUGCCAACAAAUGAUGCAUUACACAGCAGCCAAAAGGUUUGUGUGGAAUUAUUUAGUAUUUCUUAGAAGAUGACCGAGUGAAGCCAGUUAACAUAGGCAAAACAGUUAGGUCUUAGAAUUUCAAUAGUUUGUAACAGGCAACGCAUCAUUUAAAUCUAGUUUGAUAACACUUGGCAGAUAAAUUCUUACUAAAACUUUCUUUGCAGUUGCAAAAUAUGCAAAACUUGGUUGUAGAUAUGCAACUAACGUUAAAAUGUGCUGAGAAAAUCAUUCAAUGAAAACUCCAUUUUUGACACGAGCCAGUACAAAAAGGUCGCUGAUAUCACGUGAUAUCACCCAAUAUUGCAUAUAAGCCAGUGCCUUAAGAGAUUGAUGCUAGCCACGAAUCCAAUUUAAGAAAUUUAAGCUCAAGAUGUUACUGCAUGUCAUAUUAUAAAUAAGGCACCAUUUCAUUCUUUCCCUAUUCAGUUUUAGAUCUAUUGAUGUCAUUUCACAGAAUUUAAUGUCAGGAUAUAUAAUGGGUAUGAACACAAACCUCGAUGUUUUCUUUUUGGUCAUGAUACUUCUAAUUGGAUCAACAACCUGUGUGAGAAACAUAAAUAUUGGACUGCUGGUGACGAGGCAAGACGUAGACUUGAACAGCUUGCAAAGCAGUAUUGACGUCAUCAAUGCAACAAAUGGCGUAAUCCUCAAUGUGACCAAAUUCCCAAUCAAAAGUGGAUCGCUGCUGAAACAUUCCAUCAGAUGCAAUCAACUUACAGACGGGCUUUCUCAUGUGGCCUUUAUCUUGGAGCCAUACAAAGUUGACCCAAUUUCAUGUGUAAUGAGCGAAAUAUUAAACAAGCCCCAUAUCACACUGAAUCAUGAGCACAGGGCACAAUGUAGAAAUGUGAUCAGUUUGAGGCCAGAACCAGAGCAGCUCAAUCAAGCUCUCAUUGCCAUGAUAAAAGAACAUCAACCGAGAGAGGUUGCUGUUGUCAUUGAAGAUGGACUAGGGGAAACAGCAGCAGACAUUAUGUCUCAUGAUCAUUUGGUCAACAAGUUGUUCUUUCAAAUAAUUGGAACAGUGGAUUUCACGCAGCCAAUCACAAUCGGAAGAAUUGUUGAUGAUCUUAGAGCUUCUGGGAUAACAAAAGUGCUCCUGGUCGUGCAAGGAGACAACGUCGAAGCAUUAAUGAGAGAGGUUAGAUUUCGUGGACUGAGCAGGGCCGAUUUCAGCUGGUAUUUACCCUACGCAGAUUUUAGCAAAUUCAGAGAAAGAGCAAUAUUUGAAGGGGUCUAUGGAUUGCAAUUGCCUGUAGACAACGAUCUUCUUAAUGAAACAUACUGUGAGCUGCGGGACUUGGAGGCAAUGCGUCUGUCGAACAGAAAGGGGAUAGAUCCGUUGCUUCAUGAUGCGUUUGAAGUGAUUGCAAAUGCAGGAGAAGAAUUCAAAAUCAAGUGCUCACCAGCGAAUAGGCAAAAGGACACAAGAAGGUGCAAGGUGAAGCGACAAGGUGACAAAUGCAGUUCAAUCGUGGAUUUCAUUAAAAGAGUACUAGUCCAGCGAGGCAUAACUGGUGACGUUAAAUUUACUGUAUCUGGAUACAGAAAUAUUACUAAUCUGAGCGUGAAGGAGAUUUCAGACGGAGAGGAACUACAGCUUGGAUCAUGGUCUACCAACUGUGAAACUUUCAUUUGGAAUCCUGGAACGACCUACGCAGAGCAAAAGCAACAGGGACAGUGCCAGUCUGCUAAGACUGAUGCAGGAGAUGACGACAAUCAGCUUAUAGCAUUUAAACCAAGAAAGCGAAGGCUCAAAGUUGUUACCUACAUUGAAGAGCCUUUCAUGAUGCUCUAUAACGAUUCAGUGAGAAAGGGUAACGACCAGUUCUAUGGCUUCCUAAAAGAUCUGCUGGAUCGAUUGAAAAAUGAUCUAGAUUUUGAGUACGUUCUACACGUUGUCAGUGACAAUACGUAUGGUGUGAUACAAAAAGAUGGAUCUUGGAAUGGUAUGAUUGGAGAACUUAUUGACAAGAAAGCAGAUAUCGCCGCAGCCCCAAUGACUAUCACGUCUUCAAGACAACAAGUUGUUGAGUUCACCAAGCCCUACAUGGAUUUCUCGAUGGCACUGAUUAUGGAAAAGCCGAAAGGAAAAACUCUUGAUCUGUUUGCUUUCUUGAAGCCAUUCCAUCCAAACGUUUGGGUCUCUCUUAUUGCAGUGACUCUAAUAACGGCAGUUCUUAUCUUUCUGAUCGAUAAAUACAGUCUCCGUGGUUACAGGAGGUUUGCCUUGGAGGGCAAAGGUGAUGCUAAAGGUGAUGAGUUUAGACUUGGGAACAGCGUAUGGUUUGUUGCAUCGACUUUGCUUCAACAAGGUGCUGAGCUCACACCAAUGUCCAUACCUGGCAGAAUCAUGGGAGCUACGUUUUGGUUUUAUGCACUCAUAAUGAUUUCAACAUAUACUGCCAAUUUGGCAGCAGUAUUUGCAACCACUAAAAUCGAGAGCAAGAUCAACUCUAUUGAAGAUUUGGCAGGCCAAGAAGAAAUUCAGUAUGGUUUAUCGUCUGGCACAACGUACGACUUCUUUCGUGAGUCGACGAUCCCCUUAUACAAGACAAUGUUCCAAACUAUGAAUAAGCAUAGUUCAUAUGGUAAGUCGACAACUUCAGCGGUGGCCCGUGUAAGAAAGGGCGGGUAUGCAUACCUAACAGACGGACCAGUACUGCAGUACAAACAUCAAAGAAAACCAUGCAAUACAUUUCUUAUCAAGAAUCUUUUGAUGGCAAAGGGGUAUGGCCUUGGGCUGCAGCUGAAUUCUGAAUGGACACAGCUGAUUUCAGUCAGGAUUUUAAAGCUGAAAGAAGAAGGUUUUAUUGAGCAACUGCGUCUCAAGUACUGGGAUGAGAGAUCCCAAUGCGUUCCAGAUGGUGCCAAAAAGAAGGGCACGCCAACAUCCUUGGAUCUUUACAGCAUGGCUGGUGUUUACAUUGUGUUGGCAGUUGGCACAGGCAUUGCAUUCAUUGUUAUGUUUCUCGAAAACAAAGCUACUUCGUGGCUACGUGGACGAUGUUUUGGCUGCUUUGCAAAGGAGGAAGUAUUCUUCAAGAAUUCUCAAAGAGAAAAAGCAACAAAUCAGGCAAUGCUCACAUACAUGGACUUUCCUGACAACGGACAAAACGUCACCAUGAAUAAUGCUAGCAGUAAAAGGCAGCGACGCGAGCCUCAUUCAGAUUCGCCUAGAUCGACAGAAUCAGGUCGAUACCAUGACGUGGCAGCCAAUUACAGACAUACCAGGAAUGCUCAGUUCUAUCAACAAACACACGACCGAGAAUCCACGCUCUAAGAAACGCUCUGUAUAUCAUUGCAAAGGUUGAUCUCGUUCAGUUGAUAUUGAAGGGACUGAAAAAGCUAUAGCUUCGUUUACAGAACAUUGAUCUUCGAUAGAUAUAACUUAAAUUGGUAAUUGGGUAAUUGUAAAGGCAGACGUAGGAAGACUAUCAUUAACUGUUUCCAGCCGGUAAAAGAAUGAUUCAGGCUCAAGUUCUAAGUCAAACUUAAUCUAGCAUCGCAAUGUUGUGUAAGGUUAACAAGACUUUAAGAACUGCAUUAAAAAAAUUUCAGAAAUGCCUCUAAGUCUAUCUACAUUUAUCUCAGAAAUACAUUUAAGUACGUACUGGUACUACACAGGGCGUAAUAGACACUUUUUGUAGGGUUUUUUAUAGCCAAACAAAAAGGAAAAGUGAGCAAAGAAAAAUGUACUAUUAAAACAGCCUUUUAUGCAGUGAGAUGGCUACAUGACGCUUUAAAUUCCCUGUUUCUCAUUAUCAAUAGCCAACAGUCAACCAAGUGCACGACAGGUUGUUUUCAGUAAGCCAUGUUGAACGAUCCUUGUGUAUGCAAUAAAUUUUGUUUGAAAAAUAUUCUAGUAGGCUUCUAGCACCUUAGUGUUGAUAAUUUUGGCUUACUGUUGUCUCUUAACUGUUGAACGUAUAUUUAAAACAUUAAUUGAGAAAAAGACAAAGUUAUAUUCAAGAUACUUACUGGAAAAAAUAUGCAAAAAUAUGAUCAUCCAAAUUGUAGGCAGUUAAUCUAAAACAUCUUUUAUUGCCAUAUCGUUUGCUUGCGAGCGCUUCCAGGCACAUUUUACUUGGAAAUAAGCAAGGCAAAGCGAGUUUUCUUUAUAAAAUAGAAACGCAAGUAUUGGGAACGUGUCUAUUAACAUGAAUAUUGGAAGAUGCAAUAUCAUAUCAACUUAUGGUGCCAGAUAAGUGCCAGAAACUAAAGCAAUUUCAUCCUAUACAAGCACCAAACUUCUUACUUUAUGAGCACCACCGUUUGGCUUUUAGAGAAUUUUAUGACUGAAAAUUAAUCAAGUUCAAGAUAGUUAUCCAUAGAUUUCUAUUUCAUAGGAUCAUCUAUUUACAAUUUUAUAUGAAACAGCUAUAAACCUUCCCCAUGUUUGACCCAAAAAGGACCAAUCAUAGAAAUGAAUCAAAUUUAUAGUUAACUUCUGGAGUGUUCCUGGCCCUCUAACUACGCCUUCCCUAACUACAAGAUUAUCUUAUCUUUAUUCCCGUCCCAUUUUUAAUUUUGCAAUAUCAGUGAACAAUUUAAUUUGAAAUCAAUGUUCGCAAUUAAGCUAGCGUUGUGUGUGCUGUUUUAUGAAACAGUAGGUAUUCUGCGAGCAAAAUUUCCAAAAGUACUGAGCACCGUGACAAAUAAAUCUGGCUUUCAAUUUGUAAUAAUAUUGAAAAAGAAUUUCUAUUAGUGGCGUCGUAUUAUUGUUGUAAAUUUUGUAUUGAAGUUUCUUUGGUACAUAAAAUCAUAUGCAAUAUUUAAUCAAAUAUAGAGUUUAGUUGGCAUUAAGUAACUAGAUAUGACUUGAAUUUUAACACUUUGUUAUUAUUUACCUUGUCUCUCAAAAACGAAUUUAUGUCAAAGAAUUGAUGACGUAAGUCAGUGGGUACUUUA